AUGGAUAUGACAUCCAUCCUUCCACUCGAUUACUCAGCCGAAAAGCAGGCAACGUCCAACUGCACAAACAUACGCUAUGAUGCGAGCACAAACACAGAACGGAUUAUUUUCGCAAUCUUCACUAUGCUUUUCUGUGUGUUGGGAAUGUUGGGCAAUGGCCUUGUGAUCUGGUUGCUGGGCUCCUCCAUUAAGAGGAACACUUUUGCCAUUUAUAUUAUCAACCUCUCUGUUGCAGACUUUGGUUUUCUCACCUUUGAGAUGAUUAUCGAAAUCCAUGGGCUUCCUACCAAUUCCUAUUGUGGCUUUCCUUAUGAAUACUUCCAAACGGUCGUGCUGUUAAUGCACAGCACGGGACAAUUUCUCCUGACUGUCAUCAGCAUCGACAGGUGUCUUUCGGUCCUUUUCCCAAUUUGGUAUCGAUGCCACCGGCCAGUGCAAAUGUUCACUAAUGUGUGUGCUGUCAUCUGGGUCAUUUCCUUUAUCCUCUCUUCAAUUAACCUCAUAAUUGUGGCUCUUGGUGAAGAUAAAAAGACAUAUGUUCUGAUAUAUCCAUUCAUUAUUAAUACUGUGCUUUGUUUCCCACUUAUGACCAUCUCCAGUGUCAUCUUGCUUAUCAAAAUCUGCUUCAUAUCUAAAAGGCAAAGGCGGAGGAAGCUUUUGACAGCUAUUUUGCUCACGCUUUUCUUCUUUUUAGCGUUGGCUUUUCCACUAAAUGUCUUCUAUUUUAACCUGUAUUUUUCAAAGGGUAAGCUUUUCAACCAUGUACAUUAUGGCAACCUAUGUCUCUGUAUCAAUAGCAGCAUUAACCCUCUGAUCUAUUAUCUAGUGGGGAGACAGAAGGGGGAAACUCAGAGAAGCAUCAAAGAAUUGCUUCAGAUAGUUUUCAAGGAGGAAGAAAAUUGUUCUGAUCAAACGGAAACUUCAGAAGGUUCCAAGAUCUGA